AUGGUUCGUAAAAAAUCAACUGCUGCUAAAGUUAAAUCACGUCAAGAAGCGUAUCGACGGCGAGUUGAAGCUAAGAAAGAUUCUAAUUGCAAUGAUACUGCUUCUAAUCAAUCAGAGGACAAAUCUUUUGAUCCAGUUAACAAUAAAGAAUAUCUUGAAAAUUUGAAUAUUAUUCAAAGCACUAUCAAAAAAGUUGUUUCGAAAGUUUGCCGUUUAGAAAGUGAAAGAAACCGACAAAAAAAACUCAGAGAAAAGAAAAAUUUAUUAAUUGCUACGAUGGAAAAUGAAACAUUAAUUUUAAAACGAAACAGACAGCGUGAUUGGUUUAAAAGAAAAUAUUCAGAGAAUCUUUCGUUUCGUUCAAAAAUACAAGAGCAUUCGUUGAAAGAAAAUCGAUAUAAAUAUAUGCAAAAGACUGAUUUUUAUUUAAAAGAAACGAAUCGUUUAAGAGCACAUGGUUUAGAAAAAUAUCGAAAGAAUAUAGAAUUUCGAAACAAACUAAUAGCUCGUUCCAAAAAAUAUUUUUCAAACAAAUAUCAUCUAGAUAAGAAACAACGUGAACAAAAAAUAGGUAAAUCUAAGACAUAUAUUUUAAAUAAAUAUCAUAAUGAUAGAAAAUUUCGUCAAGAAAUUAUAAAUCGAUCUAAAAACUGCAUUUUAAGUAAAUAUCAUAAUGAUAUAGAAUUUCGUCGAAAGAGACUAGCUGAAUCUAAAGCAUAUAUGUUCAACAAAUAUCGAACCAAUGCAAUAUUUCGAAAUCAGUAUAAGGCUCGUCAAAGAAUACAAGAAUUCGAUAAAUAUAAUAACAACAAUGAAAUUAGAUUAAGAAAACGAAAAUACGCAAUUAAUUUUUAUCGAAAUAAUUAUACACCUAACAUACAAAAACAAAGACAAUUGUAUAAUCAAAGAAGACGUAUUAAAAAAAAAUAUAUUAUUGCUCAAAGUCAUAAUUGCGUAUUGAAGCAUCGAAAUUUGUAUAUAAAAAAUUUAAAAAUAUUUAGAGAUGUAAUUCAAGAAGGACCAGAUUACACUUGUCGAGUUUGUGGUUUAGCAUUGUUUCGUAAUCAAGUUAUACCAUAUAUAGAAGAAAAAUAUAUUACAAAAAAUAUGUCAUUUGAAAUGAAAGAACGUAUUCGAUCUUACUUGAAUAAUUGUUCAUCAAUAGAAGACACAUGGAUUUGUAAAUUAUGUUCAGAUAAAAUUAAAAAAAAAGAAAUGCCAAGUCGAGCAAUUGUAAAUAAACUAGAAGUCAGUGAGGUUCCAUCUGAAUUAAAAAAAUUAAAUGAUCUUGAAAAACAUUUAAUUGCUUUACGUUUACCAUUUAUGAAAAUUGUAAAUUUAAUAUCAGGUAAAUUAUCAAGUAGAUUAUCACAGAAAGGUACAAAAGGACCACUUCAUUGUGUACCAUCAGAUGUACAAGAUACAGCAUUAGUAUUACCACGUCCAGUUGAUAAAUCGAUGAUGGUACGAUUACAAUUAAAACGUCGAUUAAAAUAUAAAGCUGUAUGGGAAGAACAAUUAAUAAAUCCACAUGAUGUAAGAGAUGCAUUAAUUUUACUAUGUAAAAUACAUCCAGCAUAUAAAAAUAUACAAAUAAAUGAAAUUGAUGAAAAUUAUCUUACAUCAGAUAGAGUAGAUAAUAUUGAAAAUAAUGAUGAAUCAAUGGAUGUUGAUAUAGUUGUAGAAGAUCAAAAUUCAACUAUAGAAAUAGAAAAAUUAAAUGAAGAUUGUACUAAAAGAUUAACUUUAGGUGAUAUAGAUAAUAAUAAUACUAAAAAUGAUGAUGAGGAAGAAGAAGAUGAUAAAGAUAUUCGUACCAAAUAUAAUAUUGGUACAGAUUGCUGUACUCAACCAUGUGAUUUUAAUGAUUUUGUAGUAUUUGAUAAACAACCAUCUGUUGUAGCACCAGCAGAAAAAAAUAAAUUAAGUUCAUUGUUGACUGAUAAAACAAUUGAACCAUUAGCUUUUCCACAUCUGUUUCCUGAUGGAAAAGGUUCAUAUGAUGAAGAACGUUUAGUUGAUCUAAAAUGGAAAGAAUAUUGUAAAGCACGAUUAUUUUCAGCAGAUUCACGUUUUGCUGGAGAUUCAAGUUAUAUUUUUUUUCUACAAUACUUAGGUGAUUUAAAACAAGUAUAUUCUGGCAUCAAUGUUGCAUUUCGUAAAAAACUACCAAUGAAUGCUAAACAAAGUUUAGAUGAAAAUCAAAUGAAAUUUUUAAUGAAAACAGAUAUGAUCUAUCGUCAUUUACAAACAGUUCGAGGUAGUCCACAAUUUUGGAAACAGAAUUUAAAAAAUUUGUUUGGAAUGACACGUCAAAUAGAUUUUUCUCAUUUUUUUCUCACGUUUUCAUGUGCUGAUUUACGUUGGAAAGAAUUUAUGAAUGUUUUUGUUCGUCAUAGUAAAACAAAAAAUAAAGAAUCAUAUACAUUUGAAGAGAAAACAAAACUUUUAAGAUCUAAUCCUGUUUUAGCUGCUCGUAUGUUUGAAAAACGAUUCAAUACUUUUAUGAAUUUGUUUAUUAAAGGUGGAGCAUGGUCUUUAGGAAAAGUAACAGAUUGGUUUAUUCGUAUUGAAAUGCAAUUACGAGGUUCACCACAUGCUCAUAUGCCAAUUUGGGUUAAAGAUGCACCUAAAUAUAGUGGACCUAAAACAGAUAAUGAAACACGUAAAAAAAUUGUUGAGUUUUGUGAUAAAUAUAUAACAACAAGGUUUCCUUCUCUUAAUGAAGAUCCGAUUUUGCAUAAUCAGAUCAAAGACUUUCAAACACAUUCACGUAAUCAUUCCAAAAGAUGUGUAAGAUAUCCUGGCAAACCUUGUAUUUUUAUUUUUCCACGUGCAGUUGCUCUUCGCACAUUCAUAUGUGAACCAAUUAAAAUUGAGAAUGAUGAAGAUAAAGAACGUUACAAGAAAAUAAAAAAAAUUCUUAUUGAAAUGAAUGCAGCAAUGAAUCUUUUAGAAAAAGAAAAGAUAUUAACAUGGUCUGAUUUUGACAAUCUUUUAGUUAAAUAUAAUUGGACAUAUGAUGAGUAUGAAUUUGCACUUCGAAUUAUUCAUACUCGACCAACUAUCAUUCAUAAAAGAGAACCUAAUGCACGAUGGGUUAAUCAAUAUAAUGAAGAAUUAUUAAGAGCAUGGGAUGCUAAUAUGGAUAUUCAAUUUGUUCUUGAUCCAUAUGCAUGUGCAAAAUAUAUCAUGUCGUAUACAACUAAACCAGAAAAAGAAAUGAGUCUAUUACUAGAAGCUACACAUAAAGAAUGUCGUGAAGGUAAUAUGACAGUACGAGAAGAAAUGAAAAAACUUACAGGUACAUUUUUUAAUAAUCGACAAGUGAGUGUACAAGAGGCUAUUUAUCGUGCUACUAAAAUGCCACUUAUACAUUCAAGUCGAGGUUUUGUUUUUGUACCAGCACAUUCAAAUAGUUGUAAAUUUUUAAAACCACCUAAUAUAUUAAAACAAAUGGAUCCAGAAGAUGAUGAUAUAUACAUGUCUAAUCUAGCAGAUAAAUAUUUUGAUAGACCAAUGGAUCCUGAAUUUGAUAUUUGUAUGGCAGAUUUUGCAUCCGAAUACGAAAUAAAAUCUGUUAAUAAUAAUAUUAAAAAUCCAAAAACACCAAUUAAACGUUUACAAACACUUAAUUUUGCUGUAAAAAAACGUUGUAAUCGUAAUGCUAUUAUUCGUUAUCCCUAUUUUAAUCGAGAAACGGAUAAAGAAAAUUAUUUCGAAAAUUUACUUUGUCUUUAUUUACCUAUAAGAAAUCGAAAUGAAUUGGAAAAACCAUACGAAUUAUUUUAUCAAACAGCUGAAGUCUUUGAUAAUCGACAACAAUGUCUAAGAAAAGUAAAAGAUAUUGUUAAAGAAAAUAGAAAAAAAUAUGAAGCUCAUUUUAAAGAAACAGAAGAAAUUGAGUCAUUGUAUAAUCAAUUAUCAUUGGAUAUGAAAGAAAACGAAUGGGCUGAAAUUGUUGCUAAUAAAGAAAAAGAAAGUGCAUGGUCAAGAGAAAUAGAAGAAGAAGAUAAUCCUGAUUUUAAUAUAAUACAUACGAAGAAAAAUAAAAAUACAUCAGUUGAUUUAAAACAAAAUUUUUUUACUACUGAUGAAAUGAGACCAUUGUUAGAUUCAAUGAAUGAAGAACAACAACAUAUAUUUUAUCAUGUUCGAGAAUGGUGUGUAAAUCGUUUACAUGAUUCUGACGUUGAACCACUUCGUUUGUUUAUUACAGGAGGAGCAGGAACAGGAAAAAGUCAUCUACUUAAAUGUCUUCAUUAUGAAGCAACGAAAAUUUUUUCUCGUAAAAAACAUUUAGCACUUGAUGAAAAUAUUGAUGAAGUUCACACUUUGAUCACAGCAUUUACAGGUGCAGCAGCUGUAAAUGUUGGAGGAGUUACAAUUCAUAGUGCUUUUGGUAUAGGACCUCAAUAUAAUAGUAUGAAUGAUAAUUUAUCUUCUGAAAGAUUAAAUACCUAUCGUUGUAAAUUAAGUACAUUGAAACUACUAUUUGUUGAUGAAGUUUCUCUGAUACAAUCGAGUUUAUGGGGUGCUAUGCAUUCUCGUCUUACUCAAAUUAUGGGUAUACAUUCAAAUACUGCUAUCUUCGGUAACAUAGGUAUUAUUGCAAUAGGUGAUUUUUUUCAAUGUUCACCUGUAGCAUCAUCAAGUAUCUAUUCUUCUUUACUAUGGACAGAUCAUUUUCAAUAUGUCGAUCUUAAAAUAAAUGAGAGACAAAAAACAAAUGUUUUUUUCUCACAAAUGCUUAAUCGUAUUCGAAAAAUAAAAAAAAAAGAAGAUAUGACUAAAGAAGAUCGUGAAGCACUUGAAAAAUGUCAUCAACGUUAUUUGAAUAAUGAAUAUAAUCCCGAAGCAUUACAUCUUUUUGCUAAGAAUGCUCAAGUUGAUGCACAUAAUGAAAAAAUGUUAGAAAAAAUUUGUACUAAUAUUCGAACAUUCUAUGAAGUUAAUAAUAAUAAUAUUCAGGUGAAAGCAAAUGAAAAUAAACAAUCAAAAAAAAAUAGUACACCACUACGUCUUGCUAAGAAUGCUCGUGUAAUGAUAACAAAAAAUAUUUGUGUCAAUGAUGGUUUAGCAAAUGGUGUAACAGGUCGUCUUGUAGACUUUGUAGAAAAUAAUAGCAAAGAAAUUUCACAUAUAAUAAUUAAAUGUGAUUCAUCUAAAGUUGGACGUUUACAUCGAGUUAGUUGUCCGCAUUGUUAUGGAAAAGAUACAAUAUGUGUAAUACGAGAAAGUAAUACAGUUGAUCGUUCUGGUUUUGAUUUACAAUCAAAGAAAGGAGCAAAACAAUUUCCUAUUCGCCUUAGCUGGGCAAUGACAAUUCAUAAAGCUCAAGGAAUAACAGUUGAUCAAAUUGUAAUAAGUACAAAAAAUUUAUUUGGUAGUGGAAUGGCAUAUACAGCACUUUCUCGUGUUCGUACAUUAGAAGGAUUGUUUCUUAUUGAUUUACAUCUUGAUAAAUUCUAUUGUAAUGAAAAUGUAGAAACAAUUAUUUCUCAAAUGAAACAAAUAAAAAAUAAAGCAUUAGUAUUCAAAAAAUCUUCAGAAUUUUGCAAUAUACUAUUUCAUAAUAUUGAACAAUUAAAACCGAACUUUAAUGCAUUUAGAAAUCAUUAUGUAACAUAUAAAGCAGAUUUAAUUUGUCUAGCAGAAACAUGGUUAACAGAUACUACUAAUGUAAAUGAUUUUCAAAUAGAUGGUUAUAACUUUCUUUAUCAAACACGAUCAUCUUCAUAUGAAUUAAAUCAUUUACUUCAUUCACAAAAAGGUGGUGGUAUUGCUAUAUAUUAUCGAGAAAAUAUAGCAAUCAAAAAAUUUCAUUCAAAUAAACAUUUAAAUCUGGAAUAUAUUAGUAUUGAAAUUGAGAAACAUAAUAUUAUCAUCAUUGUUUGCUAUCGAUCACCACAACAAAGUAAAACUGAAUUUAUAGAAAAUUUAGUUGAACAUUUAAAAGAAAUUAAUAUAGAAAAACGUAUUUUAAUUAUUGGUGAUUUUAAUGAAAAUACUUUAACCGAUAAAUCAAAAAAAAUUGAAAACGAAUUUAGAAAAUUAGGUUUCGAUAAUCUAUUUCAAAAUAUAGAAACAACAAAUAGUAUGACAAGUAUCGAUUGUAUUUAUUCAAAUUUUAUAAUAAAUAAAGAUCUAUGUCGAGAUGUUGUAGGAACCUACUACAGUUUUCAUGAAGCCUUAACUUGCUCUAUUGAUCUAGAAAAUAACAUAGCUUUUCUAAAUAAAGAAACUGAAUUUAAUCAUGAUCACAAUAUGGAAAUAGAAAAUCAUUCACAAAGCUCAAUAUCUAUGAUUAAACUUUCUCAUCAUAAAAAUAAACGGAAAAAAUCGCCAGAUAAAGAGGUUUCUAAUAAAAUUUUUAAAAAAAAUUUAUCAUCAUCUAUGAAUUCUAUCAAUUAUAAUUUAAAAGAAAAACAAUUUAAAUUUCUUCAAAAUUUCCAUAAGAUCCAAGAAAAUUUUAAUAAAGAAGAAAACCAGACUAACUUCACUCUAAGUGAACAAUUAAAUAAUAUUGGUUUUAAAAUAAAACGUGUAAUAGGAGAUGGCAAUUGUUUCUUUCGUGCAAUUUCUUAUCAAUUAUACAGACAUGAAAACAAUCAUAGGAAUCUUCGAGCUAUAACAAUAGAAUAUUUGAUUAACAAUAUAAAUGAUUUUGCACCAUUUGUUGAUGAUGAAUUGGAUUCAUCAAUAGAUGAUUAUAUUGAACGAAUGAGUAAAUAUGGAACUUAUGCUGAUCAUCUAGCAGUUUUAGCUACAGCAGCUGUUAUUAAUAAGAAUAUAAUUGUUCAUGAAAAAGAUCAUACACCUUUAUUAAUACCUGGUGCAGAUUAUCUCGAAGAUCAAGUGCAUGUUGGUUAUUAUCCAACUAGAUUGCAUUAUGAUAGUAUUCUUUGUAUGGAUGAUACUUCACCAUUUGUACCCAGUGACAAUGUAUUGUUGGCUAUAUGA